AAUUCCGAUUUCUGAAUUCUGAUUCGUGCACUAAAAAGUGAUUUCACCAGGCGCACCUUAUUUCUGUUUACUUGUGCCUGUAUUAUUGAAAUUUCAAUAGAAUUUUAUAUUUACCAUGGGUGAUCACUUACCAGCUUGUGUUAUUGACGUGGGUACAGGAUACACAAAGUUGGGCUUUGCUGGAAACAAGGAGCCGCAGUUUAUCAUUCCAUCAGCCAUAGCGAUAAAGGAAACAGCUAAAGUAGGUGAUCAAAGCACUAGGCGGAUGACUAAGGCUGUUGAGGAUCUCGAUUUCUUUAUCGGUGAUGAGGCUUUUGAAGCAACUGGCUAUUCUGUGAAGUACCCUGUGCGUCAUGGCUUAGUUGAAGAUUGGGACUUAAUGGAGAGGUAUAUAGAACAGUGUAUAUUCAAAUAUUUAAGAGCAGAACCGGAAGAUCACCAUUUCCUAAUCACUGAACCACCCCUGAACACUCCUGAAAACAGAGAGUACUUGGCUGAGAUUAUGUUCGAAUCUUUUAAUGUACCUGGUUUGUACAUUGCUGUCCAAGCCGUAUUGGCACUUGCUGCAUCAUGGAAGUCUCGUACUUCUGCAGGUCGCACUUUCACUGGCAUAGUAGUAGAUAGUGGCGAUGGAGUCACACACAUUGUUCCAGUUGCAGAAGGGUAUGUUAUUGGUUCGUGUAUUAAACACAUACCCAUUGCUGGAAGAAAUAUCACAUCAUUCAUUCAAUCACUGCUUCGUGAACGUGAAGUUGGAAUACCUCCUGAGCAAAGCUUAGAGACUGCAAAAGCAAUCAAAGAAAGAUACAGCUACAUUUGCCCAGAUAUUGCUAAAGAGUUUGGCAAAUAUGAUUCAGAUCCUGCUAAAUGGAUGAAAAAGUAUACUGGGGUUAAUGCAAUAACUAAAAAUCCAUUUGAUGUUGAUGUAGGCUAUGAGAGGUUUUUAGGGCCUGAAAUAUUUUUUCAUCCUGAGUUUUCUAAUGCUGAUUUUACUGUACCAUUGAAUGAGAUGGUGGAUGAAGUUAUUCAAAGCUGUCCUAUUGAUGUAAGAAGAGGGUUGUAUGGCAAUAUUGUAUUGUCUGGUGGCUCAACAAUGUUCAGAGACUUUGGCCGGAGAUUACAGAGGGACAUAAAGAGGUCUGUUGAUGCAAGGCUGAAACUGUCCACAAUGCUCUCUGAAGGUCGUAUAACACCAAAGCCUAUUGAUGUGCAGGUUAUUUCACAUAACAUGCAGCGUUAUGCUGUAUGGUUUGGUGGAAGCAUGUUAGGCUCAACACCUGAAUUUUACCAAGUUUGUCACAGUAAACAGGACUAUAUGGAAUAUGGUCCUAGCAUCUGUCGACACAACCCUGUUUUUGGAACUAUGACAUAAAGUAUUUAAAUUCAGUAUUUUAUUAUGUUAACUUUUAAAUUUUAUGAGAUAAGACUUAAUUCACAUUUUAUUUGAAAGACUUGUAUGAAAAUACUGCCAAUAUUAAUAUAUCUGCAAAAUAUUACUAGUAUUCACAAUGUUUUGUUAUCAACAAUUAUGUAAACAUAACUUUUCAAACUAUGGCUUGGAAAACAAUGUUUAAUGUAAAUUUUAUUCUAAAUCACCUUUUCACAAAUAUUUGAAAUAUAAAUAAUAAUAUAAUAUUUUUUGAUGUACCUAGUUUACUGACAUAUUCCUGUUUUUUUAAUUUACAACAUUAAUUCCAUAUUCUUAGCCACUCUGUCUAUUAAGAUGUGGAUCCUAGGCUCAACGAAAGGGGUUUGAUUAAUAUAAACUUAUAUCAUUUAUGUGUUGGAAACAUUAAAAAUAUGAGGUUAACAGUUAGCCUCCCAUUUGAGCAAAGCACACACUAAUACAAAGUGAUAUACAACAAGAAGUAGCUUGUCAGACAAUUUAAGUAUAAUCCUGGCCUGUUUUCAUCGCUUGUCUGGCAGCAAGAGGCUCUAUUGACAGAAUUUAUCUAAAGAUAUAAAUAUUUGUGUCCUAAUUCUGAGUCAUAAAUGCUUAAAAUAUUUAUGUAUAAUAUAAGUUUGAGUAUGUCCAUUGUAUUAAAUAUAUCUGUUAAUAUGGGUGAUGAUAUUACUUGCUGAAUUUUGGACCUCUUAAUUUGUUAAUUAAUGUUUCAAGUAUCAUUAAUAUGUGUAAACCAGUUGUUCAUUUAUAAUAAUUUUUUGCAAAUAUAUACAUAUUAAAUUAGGCACAUUCUUGAUAUUUUAAUAUUAUGUAUAUUAUUUUGCAAAAUGUCUGUCAUGUAAUAAUCAAUGUAAUUUAAGUUUUAAGUAGUGCUGGACUUUGAUGGCAUUUAAUGUAUUGCAUUCCAGCUUUAACCAAAUAAAGAUGUUUUCUUAUUUACAGCA